AUGCCUUCCUGGAUCGUCAAGCUCGGUGCCCUUGUGGCUUUGGCGCAUACCGUCGCCGGAUCUCAGAUUUCCCUCAGGACGACCACGCCGCCUGCGAAUGAGUACGUGACACACUGCACUGUCAUCCUCGAUGAUGAGCUUUUUGGCUGCAAGGGCAGUUCGAAGCCUUUCGGAAAGAAGUGCGGCCACAACAGGGGCAUCCAGACCAAGUCUAUCUGCGAUACAUCAUCCGUCACCGUGGAUUGGUCCACCGCCCAGGUCACCUUCCAGGAUAACAAUGGCCACUCGGCUAACUGCACGCUGAGUUCGACUGAGGAGGGAGGUCACUGCAACACUGACGACCCUGAUGAGUUCCCAAUUGAGCACAAUGGAGCAGAGAGGCUUGGAGCCGGAGCUGCCCUCUGGGGUCUCGGCACCAUGGCUGCCACCCUGUUUAUCUAA